AUGCAGACACAAGAGAUACUGAGGUUGCUGCGGCUGCCCGAGCUGGGCGACUUGGGCCAGUUUUUCCGCAGCCUCUCAGCCACCACCCUCGUGAGUAUGGGUGCUCUGGCUGCCAUCCUCGCCUACUGGUUCACUCACCGGCCAAAGGCCUUACAACCACCAUGCAACCUCCUGAUGCAGUCAGAGGAAGUGGAGGACAGUGGCGGGGCCCGGCGAUCUGUGAUUGGAGAUGGCCCUCAGCUGCUCACCCACUAUUAUGAUGAUGCCAGGACCAUGUACGAGGUGUUCCGCCGUGGGCUUAGCAUCGCAGGGAAUGGACCCUGUCUUGGCUUCAGGAAGCCCAAGCAACCUUAUCAGUGGCUGUCCUACCAGGAGGUGGCCGACAGGGCUGAAUAUCUAGGGUCCGGACUUCUGCAACACAAUUGUAAAGCAUGUACAGAUCAGUUUGUUGGUGUUUUUGCACAAAAUCGACCAGAGUGGAUCAUCGCAGAGCUUGCCUGCUACACGUAUUCUAUGGUGGUGAUCCCACUAUAUGACACCCUGGGCCCUGGUGCUAUCCGCUACAUUAUCAACACAGGGCCUGGCUACCGUGAAGGAGCCUCUGCAGCAGCCUCCACACAAGCUGACAUCAGCACCGUGGUCGUGGAUAAACCUCAGAAGGCUGUGCUUCUGCUAGAACAUGUGGAGAGGAAGGAGACUCCAGGGCUGAAGCUCAUCAUUGUCAUGGAACCAUUCGAGGAAGCUCUGAAAGACCGAGGGCAGGAGUGUGGGGUGGUCAUUAAGUCCAUGCAGGCCGUGGAGGAGUGUGGCCAACGGAAUCAUCACGUCCCUGUGCCCCCGAAGCCCAGUGACCUCUCCAUUGUGUGUUUCACAAGCGGCACAACAGGGAACCCAAAAGGUGCGAUGCUCACCCAUGGGAACGUGGUGGCUGAUUUCUCAGGCUUUCUGAAAGUGACAGAGAAAGUGAUCUUUCCGAGACAGGACGAUGUGCUCAUCUCCUUCCUGCCUUUGGCUCACAUGUUUGAGAGAGUAAUCCAGUCUGUCGUCUACUGCCAUGGAGGGCGCGUAGGCUUCUUCCAGGGAGAUAUCCGUCUCCUCUCAGAUGACAUGAAGGCUCUGUGCCCCACCAUCUUCCCUGUGGUCCCUCGAUUACUGAACCGGAUGUAUGACAAGAUCUUUAGCCAAGCAGACACACCAUUAAAGCGCUGGCUCCUGGAGUUUGCAGCAAAGCGUAAACAGGCUGAGGUCCGAAAGGGAAUCAUCAGGAAUGAUAGCAUCUGGGACGAACUCUUCUUUAAUAAGAUUCAGGCUAAUCUUGGCGGGUGUGUGCGGAUGAUUGUUACUGGAGCAGCCCCGGCUUCACCAGCAGUCCUGGGAUUCCUCCGGGCAGCUCUGGGAUGCCAGGUUUAUGAAGGCUAUGGCCAAACUGAGUGCACGGCUGGAUGUACCUUCACCACGCCUGGGGACUGGACCUCAGGGCAUGUAGGGGCACCUCUGCCCUGCAAUCAUAUCAAGCUCGUCGAUGUCGAGGAACUGAACUAUUGGACCUACAAAGGAGAGGGAGAGAUAUGUGUGAGAGGACCAAAUGUGUUCAAAGGUUACUUGAAAGAUCCAGACAGGACAAAAGAGGCCCUGGACAGUGACGGCUGGCUUCAUACUGGGGACAUUGGGAAAUGGCUACCGGCAGGAACUCUUAAAAUUAUUGAUCGGAAAAAGCACAUAUUUAAACUUGCUCAGGGUGAAUAUAUUGCACCCGAGAAGAUUGAGAACAUCUACAUACGGAGUGAGCCUGUGGCACAAAUCUUUGUUCACGGGAACAGCUUAAAGGCCUAUUUGGUGGGCAUUGUUGUGCCUGACCCUGAAGUAAUGCCCUCUUGGGCUCAGAAGAGAGGAAUUGAAGGGUCAUAUGCAGAGCUCUGUGCAAAUAAGGAGCUGAAAAAAGCCAUUUUGGAAGAUAUGGUGAGGUUAGGAAAAGAGAGUGGACUCCAUUCGUUCGAACAGGUUAAAGCCAUUCACAUCCACUCUGACAUGUUCUCAGUUCAGAAUGGCUUGCUGACACCAACAUUAAAGGCUAAGAGACCUGAGCUGAGAGAGUACUUCAAAAAACAAAUAGAAGAGCUUUACUCAAUCUCCAUGUGA